CGGCCUCCCAUGGAGCCGGCACCGGGGGGUCCCCGGGGCAACGGCGGGGGAGAGGCGCUGCUGGGCGAGCUGGAGGCGCUGGUGCGGGACGUGGUGAGGACGAGCUCUUGGUGGGAGCGCCACGGCGUGGACUGCGCCAUCCUCGCGCUCAGCCUCCUCGCGGUGCCGGCGGGGUUCUUAAGCCUGCGCUCUGAGAAUGUCCCGGUCCUCGCACUGGGCGUCAUUAUCCUGGGUGUGUGCCACUACACGCUCACUGUCAAGGGCAGCCACCUGGCCACGCACGGCGCCCUCACCGAGUCGAAACGCUGGAGCAGGAUCUGGGAGCUUUUCUUUGUGGAGGUCUGCUCAUCCUUCACCGCAGAGUACGCCAACUAUGGACACGUCAAGAUACACCAUGGUUACACCAACGUGUUGGGCCUGGGGGACUCGAGCACGUGGAGGCUGCCUUUCCUCAACCGCUACGUGUACAUGUUCCUUGCUCCUCUCUUGAUCCCUGUCCUAACCCCAUUGGUGGCGGUUGAGCGGCUGAGAAAAGUGGAGCUCAGGUCGGCAGUGCGGACGCUGGGCCUGAUUUCUCUGGGCCUCUACGCUCACUACUGGCUGCUUCUGAACGUGUCUGGCUUCAGGAGCCCUGGCUCGGCCCUUCUCUGCAUGCUCAUCACCAGAUCCCUGCUGGCCCACCCUUACCUCCACAUCAACGUCUUCCAGGUUUCAAGGGGUACCCAGGCCAAGCCCCUCGUACAGAUGGAGAGAGAGGCCCAGAGAUGGGUGAGACUGAGCUCCAAGCACAGACAGGAGAGUCUCGCCAAGCACAUUGGGCUGCCCAUGUUCUCCCGGGACAAGAAGCCCCGAAGGAUUCACAUGAUGAGCCUGGGGGUGCUGAACCUGCCCCGACUGCCUGUACUGGACUGGGCGUUCGGCCACUCCAUCGUCAGCUGUCACGUGGAGCACCACCUCUUCCCCCGGCUCUCCGACAACAUGUGCCUGAAGGUGAAGCCUGUGGUGUCCCAGUUCCUCCAGGAGAAGCAGCUGCCUUACAACGAGGACUCCUACCUGGCUCGCUUCUGGCUGUUCCUCCGUCGCUACGAGGAGUUCCUGGUGCAGACCCCUCCCAUCACAGAGCUGGUGGGAUUGCAGUGAGGGGUGGGUGGGCCGCACCCUGCGCCCCGCCUCCCCAGCCCCCCAGCCCCAUCCUAGCUCUCUUGCUUCUGCUGGCCUUCGCUCAGUCCAGGGGGCCGUGGACUCUUCCCCAGGGCGGUCGCUUGGCUGUUGGUGGUGGAGACCUCAGGCUGGGAUGUCUGGGGAAAUCUGCUUGCUUUUCUGGGCUUUGAGGGAUAACUGGGCAAAAGGAAUAACAGUGGCUGGGCAUUCUGGUCAGUCUGGAUCUCAGCCAACAUAAUCUUGGGGGUGGAGGGGGAUGGAGGGGUGCUAAACAGCUGGAUUCCUCUGCUGUGUCUGAGCCUUGAUAAGGUGAUGGGGAAUGGGGACAGGAGAGGCCCUCAGCAAGGGGUAGGCAAGGAGAGCGAAGGGUCUGGCCCCCAGUUAGGGCCUGCCGGGUACCAGGAGACCCCAUGCUCUGCUGGCCACUUCCUGUGCUCUUUGAGGCUGUGUCCCCUAAGGAGCCCUCUCCCCAGGGACCAUAGGGAGAGGUUACUUUUUAUUAAAGAAUUUAAAAAAUAUUUUUCUUUAUU